CUUAUAUUCAGGGGCUGUAGACCUCAAAUUUUUAUGUUUUCGGUUGUCUCAAAACGCAGACGGAGAAGAUUCCUUUGCACGUUGGGGUAUCAGACAGUUAACAACUGCCCAGCAGCUCCUACACGUGCUCAGAGCUAGGGAAAGAAGGGGAAAAUUAAAAAAGGGAAACUGCCAGGACUUAAUAUGUCUGCUCAAAACCACUUGGCUCUCCCAGGAAGGGCCUACCCGCUUCCAAAAUGUCCGCCCGCAGUCCUGACGUCACUCAGUCGGCUAGAUCAAGCCAGAAAGGCAUUGCGCUCCAAUCAGGACUCAGCUCGCUCACCCACUGCCCUUGAUUUGCGUCACUUCCGGUGGUGCAGCAGCCAUUUUGUCAGUCGCCAGCGGAUACCGCGCGCUGGAGAAGUGCAGUUCCUCCUGGUUACCAACUUGUCCGUUCUCCCUCUGCGCUGCGGGCGCCGUCGAAGAGCACUCCCUGUAGACACAACUGGUCCUUCCCAUAGUACCGCCGCUGCUGUUGCAUCCGCCCGGAGCUAGUGCGCUGUCUUCCUUCCCUGCCACUGACAGGCGCCUUCAGGGAGCCGCCGUCAGCGAUGUCAAGCGAAGAAAGCUACCAGGCCAUCCUGCGCUACCUGACGAACGAGUGCGAGCCGUACGCGCCAGGCACCGAGGGCAAUGUCAAGCGUAAAAUCCGCAAGGCGGCCGCUUGCUACGUGGUGCGGGACGGGACCUUGUACUACCAGCGGCGGCAACGGCACCGCAAGACGUUCGCCGAGCUGGAGGUGGUGCUGCAGCCCGAGCGGCGCCGGGGGCUCAUCGAGGCUGCGCACCUGGGCCCGGGCGGCACUCACCACACCCAGCAUCAGACCUGGCACGACUUGUCCAAGACGUAUUGGUGGCGAGGUAUAUUAAAGCAAGUCAAAGAUUACAUUAAACAAUGUAGCAAGUGCCAGGAGAAACUAGAUCGCUCACGUCCUAUAUCGGAUGCUUCAGAAAUGCUGGAAGAAUUGGGACUAGAUCUUGAAUCUGGGGAAGAAAGUAAUGAAUCAGAGGAUGACCUGAGCAACUUUACUUCGCCUCCAACUACGGCUUCCAAGCCUGCGAAAAAGAAGCCAGUGUCCAAACAUGAACUUGUGUUUGUUGACACCAGAGGAGUGGUGAAACGUUCUUCUCCAAAACAUUGUCAGGCUGUCUUAAAACAGCUGAAUGAACAGAGGCUCUCUAACCAGUUCUGUGACGUUACUUUGUUAAUUGAAGGAGAAGAGUACAAAGCUCAUAAAUCUGUUCUGUCAGCUAAUAGUGAAUAUUUUCGAGAUCUUUUUAUUGAGAAAGGAGCUGUUUCCAGUCACGAGGCAGUGGUGGAUCUUUCUGGUUUUUGUAAGGCUAGUUUCCUUCCUUUACUGGAAUUUGCCUAUACUUCUGUGCUAAGUUUUGACUUCUGUAGCAUGGCUGAUGUAGCCAUCUUGGCUCGUCAUCUUUUUAUGUCAGAAGUUUUAGAAAUCUGUGAAAGUGUGCAUAAACUAAUGGAAGAGAAGCAGCUAACAGUGUAUAAGAAGGGUGAAGUACAAACAGUUGCAUCUACACAGGACUUACAAGAACAAAGUGGAGGUACAGCACCUCCCGUGGCUAACACAGGAACCACAACAACUCUAUCCACUGAACUUGGGGACUGUGAGAUCGUGCUACUGAUGAAUGGAGAAUUGCCAGAGCAGAAUGGAGAGCUAGGACAACAACCCGAGCCCCGCGUUUCUUCACAGGCUGAAGCCACCGUGUCGCCUGUGGGCUGUGUAACUGAUUCCCAACCUGAAAUGGAGUCUGUUGAUUUAGCAACAAAAAACAACCAGACAGAACUGGGAACUUUAAACAGCAGAGAAGAUAGAACAGUUACUAGUACUCAUCCUAAGCCUUCACAAGAAAAUGUUAUCAGUAGCUCUCCAGGAAACACUGAUACAGGAAAUAAUACAGCAGCUGAGGAUAUCUGUGCUGAAGACAUUUCAGAGCAUAGGCAGGACCUUGACCCGUCCUCAAAAGAUGAGGAAAAUCUAGCUGAACCGACAGCACUGAUGGACCAUAGCCCCGAUGAUGAUACUUACAGAAGCAGACUUCGGCAGCGUUCUGUUAAUGAAGGAGGAUAUAUCCGACUACACAAAGGAAUGGAGAAGAAGCUGCAGAAACGGAAAGCCAUUCCCAAGUCAGCAGUUCAACAGGUGGCUCAGAAAUUAGUUCAAAGAGGAAAAAAGAUGAAACAGCCGAAAAGAGAUGCUAAAGAAAAUACAGAAGAAGAAGCAUCCCAUAAAUGUGGGGAAUGUGGAAUGGUUUUUCAGAGACGAUAUGCUCUUAUAAAGCACAUACUGAAACAUGAAAGAGCUAGAGAUUACAAGUGUCCAUUGUGUAAGAAACAGUUUCAGUACAGUGCCUCCUUGCGAGCCCACCUUAUUCGACAUACCAGGAAAGAUGCACCUACUUCGUCCUCUUCCAGUUCCGCAUCGAAUGAGGCAUCAGGGUCAUCGUCUGAAAAGGGCAGAACCAAACGAGAAUUUAUAUGUUCCAUAUGUGGAAGGACAUUGCCUAAAUUAUAUUCUCUUCGAAUACAUAUGUUAAAGCACACAGGUGUAAAACCACAUGCAUGCCAGGUCUGUGGAAAGACUUUCAUCUACAAACAUGGUCUAAAAUUACACCAGAGUCUCCAUCAGUCACAGAAGCAGUUCCAGUGUGAACUAUGUGUGAAGUCAUUUGUUACCAAAAGGAGUCUUCAAGAACAUAUGAGUAUUCACACAGGAGAGUCCAAGUACCUUUGCUCAGUUUGUGGAAAGUCUUUUCAUAGAGGCUCUGGGCUUAGCAAGCACCUAAAGAAACACCAACCAAAGCCUGAGGUUCGAGGCUAUCAUUGUACUCAAUGUGAGAAAAGUUUCUUUGAAGCUAGAGACCUUCGCCAGCACAUGAACAAACAUCUUGGUGUGAAGCCAUUCCAGUGCCAAUUUUGUGAUAAGUGCUAUAGUUGGAAGAAAGACUGGUAUUCCCAUGUGAAAUCUCAUUCUGUCACUGAGCCGUACAGGUGUAAUAUAUGUGGCAAAGAAUUUUAUGAAAAAGCAUUGUUCAGAAGGCAUGUAAAGAAAGCUACCCAUGGAAAAAAAGGACGAGCAAAGCAAAACCUGGAACGGGUGUGUGAACAGUGUGGAAGAAAAUUCACUCAGCUGAGAGAGUAUAGAAGACACAUGAACAACCAUGGAGGAGUUAAGCCAUUUGAGUGCUUAACAUGUGGAGUUGCUUGGGCUGAUGCCCGAUCUCUGAAACGCCACGUCAGAACACAUACAGGUGAACGGCCUUAUGUCUGUCCUGUGUGUAGUGAAGCCUACAUAGAUGCUAGAACACUCCGUAAACAUAUGACUAAAUUCCACAGAGAUUAUGUGCCUUGCAAGAUCAUGCUGGAAAAAGAUACCCUUCAGUUUCAUAACCAGGGAACUCAAGUGGAGCAUGCUGUUAGCAUCUUAACAGCAGAUAUGCAGGAACAAGAAAACAGUGGUCCUCAAGAACUUGAAACUGUGGUAGUGACGGGAGAAACUAUGGAAGCUCUUGAAGCUGUUGCAGCGACUGAAGAAUGUCCGUCAGUAUCUACACUCUCUGACCAAAGUAUUAUGCAAGUGGUUAAUUAUGUGUUGGCACAGCAGCAAGGACAAAAGCUCUCUGAAGUUGCAGAAGCUAUUCAAACUGUUGAAGUAGAGGUGGCACAUAUUUCAGAAACAGAAUGAAUGUAGUAAUAGAGAUAAAAAGAAGCGAUGUCUCAUGUAUAUUGAACUCACAGAACAUUUGUUUACAAUACUGUGUGACUAUCUGCCUGGAGUUUGUAUGUCCAGGCACUGGGCUAUUUGGUGGUGUUUUAACAUAAUGAUUUGUCUAGCUAAUGGUUCUGUAGAAAAGUCCAUUUACUGUAAACAAAUUGAAAACAAAUCUAUUUGGUGGCAGUGGAUUAUCAUGGUAUACUUUUUAUGAAUUAAUGUUUAAAAAGAACUGUACUAAAUUAAAAUCGUACAGUUUUAUUUGCAUUUUGACUUGAUUAUCUAUACUUUGAAUUUAAAAGGCUGUACUAAUUGGCUUUUCUCUUUUAUUCUCAAAAUAUAGAGGUUCUGUGAUUUCAUUUGCCCUGUUUAUGGAUUAAAAAUUCUAAUAUAAAACAUUUUAGUAGGAUACAUAGGUAUGUUACAUUGUUUUAAAUGCUUCACAUCUGUGAUUCUUGACUUACUAUUUAUUUUAUCCCUUUAUAAAGUCAGGGAUUCUUUAUUCUGUUGUAAAGCACUUAAUGAGUUACAUGUUGUAAUCAAGUUUGCACAGUGUACUUAAUCUGUAUGGGGAACCCUUAAAUGAAUAGCUAAUUUUUCAAAUGCAAUUCAAAUGCAUGAAAUGCCUAUUAAGCCUUACUAUGCUAACCUUCAAGGCAAGUAAAUUGACCAUGAGCAAAGAACACUGUUAAUAAUCUCUGUUGAUGGGAAAUUUCUCCUUGAUAACAAGAAAAUAAAUGGGGGGGAGAAAGGUUAAAACAAAGUUUGGUUGUUUGCAACUUUUGUAUCAUGUUUAAUUGUUCAAUUUUAUUAAAAAACUGCAGUUUAGAAAUAGGAUAGCAAUAUAGAUAUCUACAGCAGUCCUGUGGAUACCAUAUAAUUGUCAAGAAAUUUCAGAAUAUUGAAAAUUCUUCAGUUCAACCCUCGUUAUAGUAUACUACUUAAAGGAAUUGAUUAUGGCCCACCAAAUUGUUAAAAGUAAAUUCUUUUUAAAAGUUGCCUGAAAAAUUAAUUUGUGUGUUUGAUUUUUAAAUUCCCACCUCUGAAAGCUAUCUAAUUUUCUCAUUUUUCAAAAUAACCAUGGGGAGAUAUCACAUUUCUCUCCUGGGAUACUACCACUCAAGUUAUAAUUGUUAAACUUAAACUUCUAAGUAUUAGAAUAAGCUAAUAUAAGGUGUAAAAUUAAGGUAAAAGCAAAUCACAUGUAAAUCAUUCCUAAAGCACAAGAAAAGAAUGUGCCUUGAUGUAUAUAUAUUAUUAAAAUGCUUAUUCCAGUUUACUUUAAGUGGCUUAAAAGAAAAAUAAAUGUGAUGCCAUGCAUGUGCUAUACCUGCAUAUGUAAUAUUUGCAUUUGCACAUUUCCCAUUGUUUCGGUAGCUGUGUGGCUGAUUUUCAAUUUUAAGUGGAUUGACAUACAGUCUACAGCUUUAUAAUGGCUGCUUGUUUAAUCGUAUGUUUCAGUUAGUGAAAAUGUAUUUCGAUCUAAAAUUUGGAAUUGUCUUUAUGUUCCAUUGUCACCACUGUUAUUAGCUUUAGUUAAUUGGGUAAGAUCAUUAAUGUAUGUCAUAAAUAUGUAAAUAAAAGAUGUUGAAUCUUGUUUAAAGCAUAAGCUUUGAAGUUAAGCUUGUCACUAUUUUCAGCUCAUAAAUCAGUUGCUGUUAUUUAUUAUUAAGUUAAUCCAUUUUUAAAGAGGAGGGGAAUUGAACACAUUAAAAAUAACCACUGAGGGAACAUAUAAUACUCUUAAGACUUAUUAUUACACUUAAACAUAAUCGUACAACAAAAUCAAAAGUAGUACAGUUAACUGCCAUGUUUGGAUAAUUUAAGUUUGUUUAGAGAAUUACAUAAAUUUCAUGCAGAAGUAAGUAUUAAGAUUCCAAAAAAUUCAGUUUUAUAUUUCCAUGGAGAAACUGUUUAUAAUAAUUCCUUUCUAAAAGCACACAUUGAUUUGUUGUUGUCAGAUCAGGUAUCUCCUGAUUAAAUCUGCUUGUUAGUGCUGUUUCAUUAAAUGCCAGUGGCUUUUUACGUAAUUUCACAAAGUUACCUUAACUGCUGGAUUUAGUCUAGACUUUCAGUGUCUUUUUUUCUUUUUUAAUAGCUGUGGUGUAAACUGUACAUGAUGCUUCCUACUCAUAACUGAAUUAGAGGAUUCAACCUAUAAUGGCAGUUUAAACCUUUAGGAACCAUGGAGGUUCCUAAACAGGGGUUUUACAUUUACUGUUUGGAUAAAUAUAUCAGACUUAUUUUAUAGUCUGUUAUCUGAAGUUUUGAAGUGAAUACUGCUGUUUAUUGGAUUUCUCCAGAAUGUUAUAAAUGUUAAGAGUACAGGUUGUUGUUUAGUUGCUGAGACUCUUUGUGACCCCAUGGUCUGUAGCCCCCGAGGCUCCUCUGUCCAUGGGAUUUCCCAGGCAAGAAUACUGGAGUGGGUUGUCAUUUCCUUCUCCAGGGGAUCUUCCUAACCCAGAAACAACCCACAUCUCCUGCAUUGGCAGGCGGAUUCUUUACCACUGAGCCAUCUUGACUUUGGGCUUAAUUUGCUGCCUCUUUCCAGUUUACCACCAUUCAGGUAAGGCCUGCUGACUUUUAUCUUUUCUAAUGUAUGUACUUAAAGCUGUACAUUUCUUCUAAACUCAGCUUUCACAGCAUUCCACACGUUGGGAUAUGGUAUUCCUUCACUGUUACUUGAUUUAAAAUAUUUUUAAAUUUUCAUUAUAAUUUAUUCUUUCACACAUAUUUUACUUCUAAACAUAGAGGGUUUUGGGGUUAUCUUUUAGUGAUCUCUAAAAUUAUUUUACUGUGAUUAAAAAUAUAUUGUGUAUUUUUUAUUCUUUAACAUUUGAUGAGGGUUUUUUUUUAUGGUCAAUUUUUGUAAAUGUUUCAUGAGAAUUUAAUUUUAUGCAGUGUGGAGGCAUUGUUAUAGUAUGUGUCAAUUAAAUGAUUAUUUUUGUUCAAAUA